AAAUGAGAUGCAAAGUUACUUCCUCAGACAGACAGAAGCUGCCGAUCGGCUUCACUUCAACCCUCCCGCGCUGUUUGAGCGACGCCAUUCUGUGGAAAUCAGCUCAAACUCCGGCAGCUUAUCUCUGGGCGCAUAUCUGAUGAUAGAGGCCGGCCUGUUUCAGCAGCCCGAUAAGAAGCUGCGGAUGAAGUCGCUCCAAGUAUCUGCAGCCUCAGUGAGUCCGGUUCAACAGGAAACCAGAGCAAGCCCGCCGCUGAAACACAACUGCAACCUGCAGCACUGAGCAUGCAGUUUUAACCCAUGAUGUUCUGCAGCUGUUUGUGAGUUGAGAUGAUGGAUACGCCAUCGUCCACCAUCAGGCGGCGAGCCUGGAUCAACAGCAGCCGACAGUGGCCAACUGUAGAAGAUCCAGAGGGUCCGCUGUCAAACGUUGCAGCCUCAGCCUCCAUAGCAGAUGAUGAUGACGUCUUUUCUGAUGCUGGCUUCACUGGAAAGAUUGAGAACUGGCUGCUUGGUUGUGGAUCUGAUGUCAGCUUGGCGAACAAAGGCCAGCUAAGUUUUGACUCUGCACUUCAAGCUAACACCUGUUCUGAUGAUCUAAGUCUUGGAGCUGAUGCCUCUGUUUUAAACUUUGGGGAAACUCCAAAAACCUGUGGGCAACCUUUUCUCACAAAACAGCCCAGCAGGAUCAGGAGCAGUGCACCCCGUCAGAAACUAUGCCCACCAUCAUUGAACCUGGGCCACAGCAUGGCCUCCAGCUGCCUUUCCUCCUCCACUUGGAAAACCGUGUCAAGUGUGUCAGAGGUUUUGCAAAUCUACUCAGAGGAUGCAGAGGAGACUCUAUAUGAGCUUGGUUUUGGCUGUGAAGAACCUCAGGUCACUGUACGCAUCCCACCACGAUUCUUUACCUUCCCCUCUCAGGCUCAGGGCAUCAACUUUCGCCUCUUCCUGGAUGCCCAGAUCCGCCGUAUAAGAGAGGAAGACCCCAGCCUUUCACUUGCUAGUCGCUUCAGACAAGUGCAAGUUCUCACAGCCAUGGCCAAUGCCUUCUAUUCCCUCUACUCCCACGUGUCUCGGACUCCCCUCCAGAAGCUGGCCACACCGGAGUUCACCUUCUCAUCUCCAGUGGAGAGGAUGGAACGGUUUAGGACCAGCAUCCGCAGCGAGCCUCGCUCUCCUGUGGAGAGGCUAAAGGACACUGUGAACAAGAUGUGCCUUUACACCGGCUCUCCACGGGGGUCGGAGUCCACCUCUCCACAGCCAUCACCCAGAAAGAGAUCCAGCCUUCCUGAAGUGGUGGAUAUAAUGCUGAGAUCCAAGACUGGGAGUGCUAAGAAGCUGGAUUUGGGGGGAAAUGACAGGUGUGGAUCUUGUGGGGAUUUGAGUCUGCUAAUAGAUAGUGAAGAUAUGGAGAAAACGCAGCCGACUGUAGCGGAUACAGACUUUUAUCAGCGGGGAAAUAAAAGCCUCGAGGAGACACUGGACACUAAACAUGCAGAUAAUGCUGAUCAUUUCUUCCAAGCAGAUGACGUGAGAACAUCUCUAACGUCAUCUUUAUCAGGAGAAACUGUGAUAGAAACAGCGACUCUGUUGGCUUUGGAUCAGGACUCAUGUUUGACACCAAGUGACACAAGGACAGGUGGGCUGAAUCCUGGAGCCAAAGUAGCAUAUGAUCUAGUCUGCCCUCAAAUCGUGGAGAGUGUACAUCGAGCUCCUUUUUCCUGUCAGAACAAGAACCGAUUCAUCCAUAUCACUCGGACAUCAAGUAGAGAUCGGCCGUGUUCUCCAUCACAGAAACCUGCACAAGAAAUCCUUUCCUCUGAGCCAGAUGAGGACCAACCCCUGGAGGGAUCCGGAUCACAUAGUGUUCAGGAGCCCAGUGGCAGCUCCGCUCCCUGCAGCAUCACUGUGACUGGUUUGGAAGAUGAGGAUGUGUUCUCUACUUCCAUUAACUCCUGCCAUGCCUCACCUGCCUCCUCCAAGCGGAAACCCGCGGAGCCAUUCAAUGAGGAAGAGGGAAAGUACCUGAACCCUUUAACACAUCCAAGCCUAGGCAAAUUCUCCGGUAACCAUCAGCAUGUCAACUCGUUUGAGCUGGAGGAGGUGCAUAGUGCAGGGGAGGAAGAUUUUGGACAACCAGACACUGCAACAGUCACUUCAUCACACUCCAGGAAACAUUCGAACAAAGGUGAAGUGGUCCGAGGUGACAGCAUGCAGUCCGACAGCAGCGGCUACGCAGAUGAAGAAGUCAUCCCGUCACCGGACAGACACAGCAGGUGACGCAGAGGAACGGCAGGACUGAAGCUUACGACAGGAAAUGGAAACCUUUUCAGCUUCCAACGUGGAUCUGAGCACUGACUUUACAUAAACUCUCUUAAAAUGUAAAGGAUCCAUUCCUCUCACCAUUAUGUAUUUGUCUUGUCUGGAGGCAGCCUUUGUUUGUUAGCCUGAUGCAUAAUUUGACCUUACUGGAAAUCUUUAUCACCCCAUUCGCAUAUACACCGGGUUAUAGAAACUAUCAUGCUAAACUGGAAACAGUAAGGUGCAUUUACUGAAGGGCAAAGAGUAAGAUGAGCAUUUUAUGGGAUUCAGUUUAUGAUAAUGUAGGGAAGCUAGACUUCCCAGCAUCCAAGGGGGUUGGGGGUUGACAGACACUUUGGCUCUUUUUGACUGCUUUCAUAGUCUGUUUUCAUGCAGCUAUUUUUUUAUGUUUAAGGGGGCUACUCAAAAAUAAACUAAAAAAACAACAUGCUUGUAUGAAAUGGUAAAUGCCCUGUAGUAGAAUAGAGGUUAUUGAGUCCUGCCCUCAGCCUCACUGACGCAUCUAAAGUGCUCAAGACCACAA